AUGCCCGGUUACGGCCCGUCUCGAGUAAAGUGCGAGCCGCCUUCAGACGAAGAAGACAACUGUCAGUACGGAAACUAUUACGAAACACAAAAGCCAUUAAACACAGAAUAUGACGGAGAUGUGUCGGCUGAAAUUUUGGAUCAAUUACAGUUCUCAUCAGAACUGGUGGCGGUACCAGCGGCGCCGGCUGCGACUCCCGUAUGCGCCGCAUUACCCGCCCCGAGGGAAGCUUCGCUCGCUCUGCUCGAGCCUGUCAAGACCCACCUGAUGCAGGGUUCGGAGCUGAUGGAAAGACACAUCUCACUAUCGAACGCCACAGACAUAAUUGACACUUCCGACUUUGCACCUCUUCUUAAUAUUAAGGAUGAACCACUUUCGGAGGGGGAAGGUCAGCAGCUGAGCGGCGAUGAAGCGAGUGAGGGUUCCACUCCGGAGACGAGCGGACGAGGAGCAGCCAAGAGCUGGUCUCCGCUGGACAUGGAGAAAGCCCUCGACGCGCUCAAGAACCAUCAUAUGAGUCUUACCAAGGCCUCCUCAACCUAUGGCAUACCUUCUACCACGCUGUGGCAAAGGGCCCAUCGCAUGGGCAUCGACACUCCCAAGAAGGAGGGCUCCUCCAAGUCCUGGACCGACGACGACCUCAAGGCGGCCCUGCACGCGCUCAGGACUGGAGCCAUCUCCGCCAACAAGGCCAGCAAGGCAUACGGUAUACCCAGCAGCACCCUGUACAAGAUAGCCCGUCGCGAGGGAAUCCGCUUGGCGGCACCCUUCAACGCCGCGCCCACGUCUUGGCGAAGAGCCGAUCUGCAAAGGGCUCUCGACGCCAUCCGUUGUGGCGCUGCCUCCGUGCAGCGGGCCGCUUCUCACUACGGAAUACCCACCGGCACUUUGUACGGGCGGUGUAAGCGAGAGGGCAUCGAGUUGUCCCGCUCUAACCCCACACCGUGGUCUGAGGACGCCAUGGGGGAAGCUCUCGAAGCUGUCAGAGUCGGUCAGAUGUCGAUAAACCAAGCGGCCAUCCAUUUCAACCUUCCCUACUCUUCGUUGUACGGUCGUUUCAAGAGAUGCAAGUAUCAGGUGACACAGGAACACCGAGAGUAUAAAUCCCAAGAGAAACGUCCGGAGGAUAUUCGAGAGCAGAGUCACCCUCAGGAGUACUUCCCGAGCUUAGGGUCGGAUUCGUACUUGAGCGAAGUGACAUCUAUGCAGAACGUGCAACAACACUACAGCCAAGCGAUGUACUACUCUCAGUGCAACGUCACCAGCUGA